AUGGUCCAUCUUCCUCAAGUACAGCACGCAGCUCGUCUAGCGCGAUCGAGACUUCUUCGGGAUGGCCGUUUUGGUACCAGCACAAAUACGGCGGCGGAUAUACGCCCGAUAUCCCCGGGGCGGGAGCGCAGGCAUUUUGGGCAUCGAAAAAAUCAAGUUCAUGUUGUGCUAGGCGACGACGUAGCGAGCCUAAAGAAUCAGGAUUCCUUUUUAGAAAAUAAGGAGCUUUCGGAAGAGAAAUCAGUCAUCCAAAUUGAGCCUCAAGUCUCCACCCUUCAGCUCGACCAAAGCAUCCGACGGCCAUCCCUUAAACAAGUCUGGUCAGCACCUCGGUCCAUCGAGGCCAUCCAGUGGGCGCAGAAACCCGCCCAGCACGUCAACGGCAUUAUCACCUUCCACUCCGAUGACCGCGUCCCUGUCACGCCUGGGCUUGCAAACCCACUGGCCCUCGACGGAGAUGCCACAUACCUCCUAGCCGGUGGCACAGGCGGACGAGGAGCCAAUCUAGCGAGAUUCCUCGCCCGCAAGGGUGCCAAAAACCUUGCUAUCAUAUCUCGAUCGGGCUCAUCCACUGCAAGUGCCGAGUCAGUCUUUCAAGACUUGACGGCGAAGGGCCAGGUGAUAGAUGAAUGCACCAACGAGAUGCCACCCAUUCGUGGUGUCUUGCAGUGUGCUGCCGUGCUCGAAGACUCCAUCUACCAUAAUAUGACGCAUGUGCAAUGGCGAACUGCCACCCGGCCCAAGAUGCACAGCUCAAUGAUCCUCCAUCGACUCCUGCUACAGCACGACCUGCGAUUCUUCGUCAUGCUCAGCUCAAUCGCUGGCGUGGUGGGUAACCGCAGUCAAGCCAACUACGCGGCUGGCAAUACGUUCCAAGAUGCCCUGGCCCACUACCGCCGUAGUCGGGGUCUGCCGGCUGUUAGUAUCGAUCUCGGCCUGAUGUUGGGUAUCGGUCUCAUUGCUGAGCGCGGUGGUGCAACCAAACUGAAGAAAUGGGAGGCAGUGGGUAUCCGUGAGGCAGAGUUCCACGCCCUCUUGACAGCGGCUAUGACGGGACUUGGGGUGGCUCGCCGGUGCCCACGCAGCUCAUUUCAGGUCUCCCCACGGGAGGGAUUCUUGAAUCCGAGGGUCUGGAGUGGCCGUUCUACUUUGAUGACCCGCGUUUUGCGUACUUGA